CCAAAGUACAUUCUACGAAAAAACACCAAAAUUAUUAUUUAAUUACUCAAAUUCGAAUAAUUUCCUCUGGUAGUUACAGAAUCUUUUUCUGCACCCAUUAAGAAUUAAUAAUCUUCCUCAAUAUUUCCUGCAACGGACGUUCCAGAGAGUAAGCGAAGCGGAAUUGAAGGAGGAGGGAGCGGAAUUCUCCACAUUCAAAUAUAUUCGUGAGAAUCCGUUUUUUGCUAAUUGCAGUUUUCUGGUAUACAGUUUGAAUCUUUUUGUGGAGUCGAAAAGCCCUACAAAAUGUCUACAAUGGCUGUAACCGCGAACGCCUCUGUAAACACCGUGCUCUCUGGGCCCCCUCCUCCUCCUCGGCAGAGCGUCAGAAAAAGAACGGCUGCUGCAGUUUCAACCAGAGGCGCAAAUCGCGAAGCGGUCGCAGUAGAGGAAGAAGUAUCAUUGUCACAGACAGCGGCGGAUAAUUAUGGAAAGGAUUUGAGUCACACCAUAAGGGGAGAAACUGUGUUGGAGUCAAUACCGAGUAGCAAAAAUGUCCCCGCUCCUGCCAGAAAAACCCUCAAGUCGCCUAUUCCUCAAAGCCCUAGAAUUUCUAACCCUAGCAACCCUACUAGCCCCAAGGCUGCUGCAAGAUUGCAGCAGUUGGGCAGUGUGUUUACUAAAGCUUUCACGGUGUUCAUUCUCGUGGCUGGACUGGGGACUACCUUGUGGAAUUGGAACUUGCAUAGAAAUGAGCCCGCUGGGAUUACGAUGCCGCUAGGAUUUUCUGUGUCAGAGGGCAGAAUAUCAGAACUUGAGGAGUUUUUGAAGAAGACCACCAAAAUGAUGCAGGUCCAGCUGGAGUUGGUUGAUAUGAAGAUUGGGAAGCAGGUGGAGGGUCUGAGGAAGGAACUGGAAGACAAGAUUGAGGAGCAGACGGCUACUUUUUUGACUGAGCUGAGGAAUUUGCAGGCACAUACAGGGGAGAUUGAGGAGUCCUUGCUCAAGCUGGCUGACACUGGGGUUAUGUCUAAAAGGGAAGUCCUCGAGCUUGUGAACUCUGUGGUUGAUGAAUGGGCUGUUGAAGCGAAAGGACAGGCGUUGAGUUUGGAUGAUGUAAGGUCUGUCGCGAAGCGGAUUGUGGAAGCAGAGAUAGAAAAGCAUUCUGCUGAUGGCUUGGGGAAGGUUGAUUAUGCACUUGGAUCAGGCGGAGGUAAGGUUGUUAGACACUCUGAGGGCUAUUUUGUUGGUGUCGGAAAGAAUUGGGGUUUAGAUUCUCUGAAUUUUUUGAUGAGAAGUUUCGGCGGUGUUCAUCCUUAUGCAACUAAGAUUCUAGAGCCUAGUUUUGGGGAGCCUGGUCAGUGUUUGCCAUUGAAGAGUAACAAUGUAUUUGUAGAUAUUGUUUUGAGGACUUCAGUUUUACCAGAGGCUAUUACCCUCGAACAUGUUGCCAAGAGUGUUGCUUAUGACAGAUCAAGUGCCCCAAAAGAUUUUCGCAUAUUUGGGUGGCUUAGUCAAUUUAAGGACGAUGCAAUUAUUGAACCUGAGCGAAUGUUACUGCUGGGAGAGUUUAGCUAUGAUCUUGAGAAAGGAAGUGCACAAACAUUCAAUCUGCCAGUUGAGUCAACAGGGAAACUUAUCAACAUGAUAAAGCUAGAUGUACUAUCCAAUCAUGGCAGCCCUUCUCAUACAUGUAUUUACCGACUGAGGGUCCAUGGAUCAGAGCCAAAGUCUCCCAUGGCGAUCACAAAUGAAUUGUAGCUUGUGAUUUGUAUGGAUGUAGUCCUUUUACUGAUGAGGUGUUUGGUCAGGGCUAGUGUUGUGCACAGCUGGAAUAUCUGUUGUAAUUAGAAGCAUUUAUUGGGCCUUUUCUGUCAACUGUAAUGUUACUGUAGAUCACUCUUGCCAUUCAUGUACUGUGAAAACAAUUGUUAAUCAGACAGGGCAUUUUAAAACAAGCUCUUUGUGAAUUGUCCUUCAAGCCUUUUCUAGUCUCAAUUACGAUUACUAAACAUUUUCCUUAUAACUCUAUUAAAUGCUUGGAAGCAGUUUUUGCUCAA